CAAACCGUGGUGCGUGCGUACAGUGAAACGCAAAAGUACAUGCUUGUGAAAUAAGGUGUUGAAACAGACUUGAGAUGUGGCCUAGCUGCCGCAUGUUUUGGCUGGCGGCUGCCGCGUGCUGUUUGUGCACGGUGAGCACGUGCAGCGGGGCCGCCACACGGGUACACGGUCUCAAUAACGUAGACGGAUCACUUCGCGGCGCAAUGGAUGCGUUGCUCGCGCGUCAGCGGCAAUUAGCCGCAGCGGCCAACAGACAAUACAUGUCGGACGGCGGAGAAGCGGCUCAAUGGAUAUCGCAACAGGGUCCACAGGAUUAUGGGAAUGCAAUUGAUGAGAUUCAAUAUUAUCCAUCACGUUUUGACAAAACACCCAAUUAUCCCUUUUAUGAACGAGAACCCGCAUCAUAUAGACAAAAUUCAAUGAUUAAUCGCCCAAAUUGGAGUCAUCAAGAUAAGCGAGGGACUUCGUUCAGAGAGAGAAUGUCGAGAGUGAAACCGCAUCCUCGGGACGAACUGGCAGAAUUAUUUUUGAAGAACAUUCAAGAAGAUGAAGCCAGGGAAAGGCAACGCGAGCGCGAACAAGAAAGAAAUGAAGAAUACGAAGAAAUGGUAGAUGACAUGUAUCAACGGUAUCGAAAUAAAGAUUACGAUGAUCCGGAACAGGAUCUCGCAAGAAUCUUUGGUGGUCGCAAUGACGUCAAGCGUCAAUUGUCCGGAGAUUACCAACCUGUAGGAUGGGGCCCGGUCGGCUUUAGGAAAAGGGCCUUCAGAGAAAGAUACGAUGACGACAUUAGCGAAAAUGAUCUCAUGCGAGCAUUGAAGUAUAUACCAACUGAAACUCUUGAGAGACUAUUGGCAGAAGAGGAAGAAGCUACUAACGAUUUACAAGUUAUGAACCAAAUGCCACGUCACUAUGCAAUGUACUCAAAUAAAGAUCAAACCAUGAGAAAAAAGCGUUUUCCGGUAACAAAACGUAGUAACGUUUUUGUGGGAAACAAAAAGAAAAGAUCAUCAGAGUUAGGAAAAGCAGCUAGUGAAACCGAUGAAAAAAUAUCAAAAGAUUUAAGUAGCAUAUUUGGAAGUCAAGCCAAAAAAGCAAUUUCCGAAGACAAAAAUAAAAAAAUAAAUGUACCAGUAAAAAAAUCUGAUAAACAAGCUAAAAUAAUUGUUGAAAAACAUAAUGGUACUGAUGGUCAUGAUCACACGCAUUACGGAGAAGUAGUAAAACCAGAACAAAUUUUACCAGAAAAGCCAGUUGAAGUAAAGAAAAAAUCUGUAAAGUGGUCAGAUUAUUUCGGUAUAGAUAAACGCAGUAAAAAGUCUUUUCCGGAAGAUCGUGAGGAGAUAAUCAAGCAUAAGUACCUCGCAAAUUCGAUGAGAGAUUAUAAUAAUAUGAAACAGGAAUAUCCUCUGCGAAGUUUCAAAAACCAUGAUUUGGACAAGAAAUAUUAUCAGCCAUUCGACACAAGAGUAUUUGUACAAGGGCAAGAACAAAAUGUAGUACCAGGGCCAGAACCAGAUUAUGAAGAUGUCGAUGAAAAACUCAAAGAUAUUGAGGAUAUUCUUUUAGAUGAAGCGUCCAAAUACUCAGAAGCUAGAGAUGCGGAUCCCGAAGAGAUUAAUCAGUUACGACAAAUGGUAAUUUCAAGAUUGUCAGAAAUGUAUGACAACGACAAACAAUAUCAACCCACUGGGUAUAGAAGUAAUUUCCCUGGACGCAACCGUAAUGAUUAUGUAGAUGACAAAGCUAAACGCGUUGCAGUAAAAAAGGAAAGUGCCGAACAUGCACACAAUGAAACUAAUGAAGAGAAAGAUAAACGCAGCAGCGAAAACCAAAGGUUAUCACAAGAGCCUUAUUCCGAAGGCUACAUGGGAGGUAGACUAGCAUUUCAUCACGAAGACGAAGGAAAAGAAUGUCCUAUAGUGCAAUCUAUAUCAGCUCGUUGUCGCAAUAUCGAUGUGUGGGCAGGAGACAGAACGCAUGUGUUUUUGCCGCUGUGUACAAUGCAUCAAAUUUGCUACCUAUGCGGUUCAUCUGGAACUACCGGUUGCGACAUGUUGUACCUGUCGGAAGUAGAUUCAAUAUGUUCGGGAGCAAGCGGCGAACGCGAGUGCAGGCGAGCCGCGAGGGAUGCACUCGGCCUAAUGCGCGAAUUGCACGCGGUGCCAGAUCCCGCUGCGGAAUGCGCCAGACAUCCCUGUCUCGCGGAAUACAAGCGCAAACGAUAAAUUCAAACAAGGCCCCGAAAUGAAACAUUAUGUGCGUUGAGAUUAUAAUUUAAAAGAAAAAUUAUUUUCUAAUUCAUUUGUUUAAAAUUAAUAGUUUAUCUUGGAAUGCUUUCCAAAUUUAUUGCUACAU